GCCGGCCCUAGCAUCUUAGAAACCUUGUGCAAAUUUCUCAGCCGUCUCCUUCAAACAAAGCCUGUUGAUAUAUGCAGCUUAUUGAUGCUCUGCUCCUCCUGCAACCGAGCAUUUUUAAAGGAGCGCGAUCGCCAUGCCGUUACAAGAUGCUGCCUUAACGAGUUGACUCAAGCUCUGAAGUUCAAGCAUAAUUUGCACGAGUCGAAUUACAUUACCAUAAUCAAGUUGAUUCUUCACGAUUAUGGUGAAGCUGUGGGUGCUGGUAUCGAUGACAAAGUUAUGUACGUAACGAACGCGUCUGAAUGUGUCAGUGUGUACCUGCAAGAUUUCAUCGACUUCGUUCAGGAUUCGCAUGUUCUGCAUCGAAUGAAGAUGAUGGCCAGAGAAAGCAGCGCUCUGAGUGAAGACACCCUUGGCGGAGAAUUGAAAGCAGGGUUGUCAAAGUACAUAGCUUACGAAAUUUACCGUGCUACAUCCAGAGAUGCACGCUCCAUGUAUCGUUAUUUGCCGUGGCUUCUAUCGCCACCGCCGAUAACUCAACUCGGGUGA